UGCAGUUAAGCAGAUCAAGCUCACCUGAUACCAUGGCAAAUACCCGUCAGCCUCUACUAGACAGGCCAAGAGCUUCUUACAGCAGGAUUCUCCCCCUAAUUUUCACAUCGGUACUUCUAAUAUGCUUAGCUGCUCCGGUUGCCAUUCGUUUAGUUAGAUUUAGCUCCAUUGGUACUAAUUAUCACCCAUAUGAAUAUUGUGAGAGAGCUGUUGACCAGAGAUCGUGCACAGCCUUGCUCUCUGAAGUCGCCUCAAGCACAAGCAUGAGAAUGAAGGAUGUCGAUCUGCUACAUGCCUUCUUAGAGCGAUCGGCAGCUCAUAUGCAAAGUGCUAUCAACCUGGCUCACAGCUUCAACGAUGCGAACAAUAAUCCCAGAGAGCAAGCGAGUCUAGCCGAUUGCCUGGAGUUGAUGGAGUUAUCCAGGGAUAGGACCAUGGAUGCUAUCGUUGAUGUUGAAAGACGAGAUGUUAAUUGGCAUACAAAUGGUCAGGCAUGGCUAAGUAGCGUGCUGACUAACCAUGUCACAUGCUUGGAUGGGCUACAAGGGUCAGUGAGGAGCCUUAUGGAACCAGUGCUCUGUGACCUUAUAUCGAGAGCAAGAACUUCCCUAGCCACUCUGGUUUCAGUUUCUCCUAUGAACACAGAGUUUAAUGACGACCCGUUGAUCGAUGGAUUUCCAUCAUGGGUCGGCCGCAAGGAUCGAAAGCUUUUACAAGCUUUGCCUAAUGAAAUCAAGGCCAAUGUUGUGGUGGCCAAGGAUGGAAGUGGCAACUACAAGACGUUAGGAGAGGCUGUGGCAGCUGCACCAGAUAAAAGCACGAACAGGUACAUAAUUUAUGUGAAAAAGGGUACUUACAAAGAAAACGUUGAGAUUAGAAAAAGUAAGAAGAAUUUGAUGAUUGUUGGUGACGGCCUGAAUUCGACUAUAAUCACUGGUAGCUUAAAUGUCAUUGAUGGAUCCACAACCUUCAAUUCAGCCACCAUUGCGGCCGUUGGUGAUGGAUUUAUGGCCCAAGACAUAUGGUUUCAAAACACAGCUGGGCCACAAAAGCACCAAGCAGUGGCUCUCCGAGUCGGAGCUGACCAAUCGGUUAUAAACCGUUGCAAGAUCGAUGCUUACCAAGACACACUUUAUGCCCACUCGAACCGCCAAUUCUACAGAGAUUCCUACAUCACGGGCACGGUGGACUUCAUAUUUGGUAAUGCAGCUGUGGUGUUCCAGAACUGCAAACUCGUGGCCCGAAAACCCAUGAACUCACAAUCAAAUAUGAUCACUGCCCAAGGCAGAAUAGACCCAAACCAAAACACUGGGAUUUCGAUCCAAAGCUGUAAUAUAAUAGCAAGUGCUAAUCUUGAGCCCGUUAAAGCCUCCAUCAAGUCAUAUUUAGGCCGGCCCUGGAAAGAGUAUUCGCGAUCUGUCGUGAUGCAAUCCUACAUUGGUGACCAUAUUGACCCUUCGGGGUGGUCAGUUUGGAGUGGGGAUUUCGCCUUGAAGACAUUGUACUAUGGGGAGUACAUGAACAUGGGACCAAGAGCCGACACUAGCAAGCGAGUGAAAUGGCCAGGCUUUCAUGUCAUUACUAGUGCCGAAGAGGCCAAAAAGUUCACUGUGGCUGAGCUUAUACAAGGAGGAUCUUGGUUGACAUCUACCGGGGUGGCUUUUAAAGAAUGGCUGUAAAA